CCCGGCCGGGCCUUCCGCCCACGCCGGGCGGGAUGCGGAGCGCUCGCAGGCGGCUCUGCUCCGCCCUGGUAGUCGCGUACGGCCUCUUCUCCCUCUACGCGGCCUACAGCGUGUUCCUGCGGCCGCGCCGCCCGGCCGCCCCUCGCCCGCACCGGGACCGCCGCGGCCCGCGAGGUUUCACGGAUCAUGUUGCUUUGGGAAAUGAAGAGUGGAAUCCGUGGGGUGCGGACGAGAAAAACGAGCUGGCUGCUUCUCAGCAGAGAUAUGAGACUAAUAUUAAAAUGAUAAAAUAUGCGAGGUCUCACCUAGAACAGACCAGUCUUAGAGUACAGAUUUGGGGUAAAGCAGCAAUUGGUCUUUACCUUUGGGAACAUAUUUUUGGAGGGCACCUUGAGCCAGGUGAUAUGACUGCACAGUGGAGAGAAGGAAGCCAAAAAGCAGGAAAAACAUACUUCAGCUUCCUCACUGGCCCAUCUGUAGUUCCCGGCUACUUCUCGGUGGAAGCGGAGCAUGUGGUGCUGGUGCUGAACGGGAGGGAGCCGGCGAAGAUCGCCUACGCCACGCAGUGGCUGCACUACGCACAGACGCUGAUGGAGACCCGCAAAAUCCAGCACGUGGCAGUGGUGCUGCUCGGGAACGAGCAGUGCAACAACGCCUGGAUUCAGCCCUACCUGAAACGAAACGGGGGAUUUGUAAAUGUGCUCUUUGUUACCUACGACUGUGCGUUCGUAAACGAACAAGACAUUUUCCAGUGGCCUUUAGGAGUAGCUACCUACAGAAGUUUUCCAGUUGUGGAACCUAGCUGGUCAAUGCUACAUGAUCCAAGAUCAUAUCUAUGUAAUUUCUUAGGAACAGUUUAUAAGAAUUCUUCUAGAGAAACCCUAAUCGAAAUUCUGAAACAGGAUGGACUUGACAAACUUUGCUGGAUUGCAGCCAGAGAACAGUGGCAGCCUCAAGAAACAAAUGCAAGUUUCAAAAACUAUCAAGAUGCCUUGCUGCAGAGUGAUUUGACCUUGUGCCCAGUGGGAAUAAAUACAGAAUGUUACAGAAUUUAUGAAGCUUGUUCAUAUGGAUCUCUGCCUGUUAUAGAAGAUGUAAUGACACCGGGUGAUUGUGGAAAUUCAUCAAUGUACCACAGCGCUCCACUGCAAUUAUUAAAAACCAUGGGGGCUCCAUUUAUCUUUAUUAAAAACUGGAAAGAGCUUCCUGCUAUUCUAGAGAAAGAAAAAACCAUGAGCUUGCAAGAAAAGAUUCAAAGGAGAAAGAGGCUUUUAGAAUGGUAUCAAAACUUCAAAGCAUGGAUGAGACAAAAGUUUAUUAAUACUUUGGAAAAUUCAUUUUUGCCCAGUGAUAAAGGAUAAGUUUUCCAUUUUGAAAAUCUAGAAUAGAUGACAGCGUAAUUUCCAUUAACCUGAGGCAGCUUUUACUUAAAAGCUCAACCUCACAGGACGGAUGCAUUCCUCUUAAAGUCAAUGGAAUUGUUCUAAGCUUGGCCAAGAGCUACAUUUGGCCCUCCAUCCUUAAUGAUUUUCAGAGGUUGUUGAAAUAAUAGGAUGGUACACGGAUGACAACAAUUUUGUUACUAUUUGCACAAUUUCUAUCUUGUUGUGUGACCUGAUAAAAUUUUUUUAUGGAUAAUAUCUUUGAGCAUGUGAAUUUGGUAAAAUGCAACAUAAGAACAUCAGUUGUGUUUGAAGAAAAGAGAGCAGAGGCUGUACAGUACAGGGUAAUUUAUUAGGGAGCCUAUACAAAAGUAUUAUGACAAAAUUUCCAGGUUUAGCAUAUUCUGGUAGGUGCUUGUUUUGAAAAUAUGAACUGUUUACUUGGUUGGCAUUUCGUUUCCAAUGAAGUGAUCAUAAAGCUAAAGACUGUGGAAUAAAAAUGUGUAUUUCAAGGUAAAAAA